UAAGAUCUCUUGUCAUGGAUGAUGCCACUGAACUACGGACCGAUGGGAAUUCCCUCCUAAAGGCUGUGUGGUUGGGGAGGUUGAGAUUAACCAGACUUUUAUUAGAAGGUGGAGCAUACAUUAAUGAAAGCAAUGAAAGGGGAGAGACAGCUCUAAUGGUGGCUUGUAUGACCAGGCAUGUAGAUCAGCAGAGUGUGAGCAAAGCCAAGAUGAUCAAAUAUCUGCUAGAAAAUCAGGCAGACCCAAACAUUCAAGAUAAGUCUGGUAAAACAGCAUUAAUGUAUGCCUGUAUUGAGAGGGCUGGAGAAGAAGCUGUAUCCUUGCUGCUGACCAAUGGAGCUGAUCCAAGCCUGGAGGAUCAUUCUGGUGCAUCAGCGUUGGUUUAUGCCAUCAACACAGAUGACAAAGAGGUCCUUAAAUGUCUGCUGAAUGCCUGCAAAGCUAAAGGGAAAGAAGUCAUAAUAAUAACUACUGAUAAAUCUCCUUCUGGUACAAAAACAACCAAGCAGUAUCUAAAUGUUCCACCAUCACCAGAGUUGGAAGAGAGACAUAUGCCUCUGUGUAUGUCCCCAUCUGAUAUUGAGCUCAAGACAUCUUUGACUCCAUCACCUACCAGUGAGCAGGAAGAUGAAAAAUCAUUUAACUUCCAGGUAAUCUCACAUCAAACUGGAAGUUACACUAGCAAACCACACAAUGAUCUUGGCUCUCCAACUAGAAAAGCCAAUCCAAAACGAAUUGGGACACGACUACCACAGUUAAAGAGGCUUCAGUCAGAGCCCUGGGGUUUGAUUGCUCCAUCUGUUCUUGCAGCAUCUGCUUACCAGGAGGAGAGCAAAAGGGUUAGUCCAGAUGAUGAGAUCAUGCAAGGAAUCAAUGGGUUGACUCUGCCCAAACGGACAACUUUGUCCAGGACCAACAGCAUAGAAAGUAAAGAUCCAUCUACGUUCCCAUUUGUAGGUGACUCAACUUCUAGAACUUCAUCCACAUCAGCACCAGUUUCCCGAAAACAGUCCUAUGAGAAGAACCAAGCUCAACAUCAGCCUUUAGCUAGAAGAAGCACGUUGCCUUCUGAGCAAGAUAGCGUCAGCAGCUUUGCUUCAACUGGCCAAGUGAGCUUGCGAGACACUGUUCACCGCAGAAGAUUGGGCAAUGACCAUUAUGAUUCAGACUCCCAACUUUAUUCAGAUUCAGUCACCACUCCUUUUGAUCCAUUAAAAGUUACUUUUGAAAGAAAGAAACAUAACACCUCUCCCUUGACCUUGUUGAAUAGCUCUCGUGAAUCAUUAGAUAGCAUCUCCAGCACAUCACCUAAUUCUGUUCGUCGCAGACCCCCCGGUCUCCUUGAAAGGAGAGGCUCUGGAACAUUACUUCUAGAUCACAUCUCUCACACAAGGCCAGGACAUCUGCCUCCACUGAAUGUCAAUCCCAAUCCACCCAUCCCUGACAUUGGCUGCAACAGCAAACCUUCAUCCCCUCUGACCAUGUGCUUGAAGUCUGUCGUUCCCAUGGCACCAUCUUCACCAAAGCGAAAUGACAUGAAAGCCAAGAGGAAGCUGGUGAGAAGACAUUCUAUGCAGGUGGAACAAAUGAAGCAGUUGUCGGAUUUUGAGGAGCUGAACACUUAG